AUGGUAGCACCAGCAGAUCUUCCUUUAGUAACAGUAGACGCUAUAGAUAAGGUUUACCCCGCAGAUAGAGUAGCGGCACAGGGUGUGCGCUGGAACAACCUCGUUGAAGACUUCAAGAAGACCUAUGGCUACAAGCCAACUUGUAUUGUAAGAGCUCCAGGAAGAGUAAACUUGAUUGGUGAACAUAUCGAUCACGCUCUAUUCGGUGUCGUUCCAAUGGCUAUCGUACCGGAUGUCAUCAUCGCUGUUGGACCACGUAAUGAUACAAAAGAAAUUAGAACAUCUAAUGUAGACAAGAAGUAUGGCCCUACUGCCUUCACGCCAUCUAAGAAUUCAAACGGUGAGGCCGUCGUCGAUAUCGACAUACGCCAAUUACAAUGGCAUUCAUACGUCAAAGCAGCUUUAUUGGGAUACCUCAAACAUCCUCACUCAGGUGGUGAUUCAAUCGGUUUGGAUUUGCUCUAUGAUGGUACAGUACCAGCUGGUUCUGGUUUAAGUAGCUCAGCUGCUAUGGUCAUCUCCUCUCUCCUUGCUAUGCUCACUGCAAAUGGUAAAGUAGAUGGUUUGACGAAGGGUGACUUGGUCAAAAUGUCAAUGGGUGCAGAAGGUAACGUCGGUGUGAAUACUGGUGGUAUGGAUCAGGCUGCUUCAGUCAUCUCCACGCCUGCUGCUGCAUUAUAUGUACAAUUCUAUCCAAACCUUGCGGGUGAACCAGUACCAAUUCCAAAAACCCAACCUGAAAUCAGCUUUGUCAUUGCCAACACUUUGGUGACAUCAGAUAAAGCAACCACAGCAAAAUUCAACUACAAUUUGAGAGUAGUUGAGACACUCGCUGGUGCAUCCCUCCUAGCCAAGAGGUUAGGAAUGAACUACAAGCCAAAAGAUAAGGUAGCAUAUAGACAAGUAGUCAGUGACUUGGCUGGUGGCGAGCAUUCUCUCACCGGUGCAGGUGUAAAUAAGAGUGACAUUACAGCUUCAUUGAGACAAGCAUUUAAGGACGCUUUAGACGCAAUCGAAAAGCACCUCGGUAACAGCGCGGAAAGGGAUGGAUUAACAGAAGAAGAAUUGAUCGCUGCUCUUGGAAUAUCAAAGGAAGAAUUUACCGAGAUUUACCUCAAGUUAGCGGUUGAACCAAUCGGUGGAAAAUACAGAUUACACAUUCGUGCUAAGCACAUCCUAGAAGAAGCACUCAGAGUAUUGGAGUUUAGGAAGACUAUUGAAACUGAAACCGAAUCAUUGCCUAAAGCAUUAGGUGAGAUAAUGAACAAAUCACAAGAGAGCUGCAGAGAUCAAUUCGGUUGCAGCUGUAAGGAAAUAGAUGAAAUUACGUCGAUCGCAUUAGAAGAAGGUGCACUCGGAUCAAGAUUAACAGGCGCUGGUUGGGGUGGAUCAACUGUCAGCUUAGUACCUGCCGAGAUUGUACCACAAUUUAUUGCCAAUGUCUCAAAGAGAUAUUCAAAAUACCAGGGUCUUCCACAAGAGCAACUAGAUCAAGCUAUCUUUGCUACACUUCCUUCAUCUGGCGCUUGCGAAACAGUACACAACAUCUAGUAUGAUUACUUUUGUUACAAAAAAGAUUUCAUGUAUCUCCUCGUUCUAGCAAAGCACCAGCGGCAUCUAUGUGUGCAUUUGUGAGUUCAUCAUCUUGUAUGUCCAGCUGCUCGAGUUGUUGGAGUUCCUCCGCCUGAUCUGUUUUACGUUUAGCGUAAGAUGGUAAUAACCAAUUGUCGUCAUCUUCAUCCUCAUCGUCGCUAUCGUCACUAUCUGAGAAGUUGAACUGAUGUGCAGCUUCCUGUUGUGCCACUUUGCUACUAGACAUCAUUUCAUCAACCAUACGUUGUGUUUCUUGUCGUUUGUGCUCCUCUCUUUGUAAAUUUAGGGAAUCUUCGACGCUAAUGAAUACUCUACUAUCAACCGGAGUUUCCUUAUACUUUCCUUUAUUUAUACUAAGCUUUGACAUAUCUUCAUUUAUACCAUUCUCCCGUAAUUCUUCUAAUCGCUUCUGUGCUUUACCCCUAUUAUCUGCUAUUUUCUCUGUUGGGACGAGAUUCCCAGCCGAUAAUCUAUCAAAUCUUGAAAUAAUAUCUUCUAAUUGCUUCACAUUUGUACACUUGUCGAUGUUAACCUUAUUAGAAGGUGGCUGACGCAAUAAAUUUCCUUUAGUUCUAUGAUAUUGCAAUCUCUGCUCUAAUGGUGGUAUACCAAUUGAUUUUGAUGUACCAGCUUCUGGUUUAUCAUCUAAAAUCAUCGGUGAAUCUGCUCGUUUUGCUUCUUGUAUUCUACCCGGUAGGUGUAACAUUUAUGACGGUAUUGGCC